AUGGAUAUACAGCACAUUCAAAACUUAUUGGAGGACACAAAGAAGUCAGUUGAUCUUCUCAAGUCCGACGACUCAGAAACCACUCGUACUCAUGCCCUCGAGAAUGCACUGAAGCUAUCGAGGGCUCUCGAGCACCCACGAACGGCGAUCUUGAAGAUAUCAUAUUCUCCUACUGUAGUUAUGGCUGUUAAAGUGGCCCAUGAUAUGAAAGUUUUCCCGGUUCUUGCUAGAGCUGUUUCGCCUGUAUCUUUGCAAGAGCUCGCAGAUGCAAAACCCGCGCAUCCUCUCUUGGUCGAACGCAUGAUGCGGCUCCUGGUCGCAAAUGGCUUUGCCGCGGAGCCCUCGCCUUUGAAAUACCUCCCCACUGCUUUAUCCAAAGAAAUGACCCAACGCACUUCGAUUAGCGUAGUGGAAUCAAUCUUUCUGGAAUUCUUCCCUGCCAUCCAGAAAACCCCAGAGUAUCUCGAAGCAACAAACUACCACAAUCCAGACGACCCACUCCUCGCUCCGCUGCAGUACACUCACAACUUCAAAACAGACGGCUUCACCUGGCUAUGCGAGAACCCGGCCGCUCUUGCCCGCUUUAACAGCUUCAUGGAAGGCCAGCGCGCAAACAGACCCCAUUGGGGCGAUUGGUUUCCCAUACAUGAGCACGUUCUCGAUCAUCCGGAUGUGCGAGUUGACAGCCCUCUGAUUGUAGACAUUGGCGCAGGGCGAGGCCAUGACCUGAUUGGAUUCAGGCAGAGAUUCCCCGAUGUACCUGGUAGACUGGUUCUUGAAGAUCUUUCGACGGUUGUUGACGAGGUGCGCGGGGCGCAAGAUCUGGAUGCUGCGGGAAUUGAGACUGUGGCAUAUGACUUCUUCGCGGAGAAGCAGCCUAUCGAGGGUGCCCGUGUUUAUUACUUCAAGACUGUGCUGCAUGACUGGUCUGAUGAGAAGGCGAGGAUUAUUUUCAGGAAUUUGAUACCCGCCAUGAAACGUGGGUAUUCGAAGAUCAUCUGCGAGGAGUAUAUCCUUCCGGAUUCCAAUGCUCCUAGUAUUUCCUGCAUGACAGACCUGGCAGUAAUGGUCUUUUGCUCGGGACUCGAGCGGACUCGUCACCGCUGGACUGAUCUCUUCACUUCAGUUGGUUUGCAAGUUUCGAGAUUUUGGAUGCGGGAGGAUGAUGGGUUUGGAAUUGUUGAGGCUGAGUUACCUGAGAUCCAGUAG